AUGCUUCAACUAUUUGAAUGGUUAGGAUCUCCUCCUUCACUAAAUGAUCAGGAAGAUGAAUUAAAGUGCAACAUUGCAGGUGGAUUCUCUACUAAAAGCUGCUACAACUGGUUAAUAGAUCAACAACAGCAACAACAACCACUCAUUCCUCCUCCUCCUCCAUAUCUAUGCAUCUGGGUUAAAUUUGUGCCACCUAAAAAUCAGACUUUUAUGUGGUUGGCUGCUCAAAAUGCAAUACCAACAACUGAUAAUCUGGUCAGAAGAGGAGUUCCAAUUCAGAACAUGAUGUGCUCUCUCUGCAACUCCCAAGCUGAAACAGUUAAUCACCUACUGCUUCACUGCAGUUAUACACAUAAGAUUUGGAAUUAUUUCAUAGGAGGAUAUAAUGUGAGAUGGGCUAAUGGAGGAUCAUUGGAAGCUCAGCUACAAGCCUGGAAAUUCAGAAGAGGAAGAAAUAGAGGAAGGAAAAUUUGGCCUUUACUCAUCUUUGCCAUUAUCAGGUCCAUUUGGGAAGAAAGAAAUCGCAGGGUGAUGGCCAACAAAUCUCCCAGAUCAGAAGGAGUUAUAAUCAAUGAGAUUAAGAAACUUAUUUUUCACUGGGGCAAAGCAGAGAAAUGGUUUUGGGGUUAA